AGACCGAAGUGGGUCAGAGCGAAGGCUGCGUGCUGCGCUCGGUACCGUUUAGUAGCGCCGUUUGGACCGUUUAUUGCUGUGAAAACGUUACGGUUUUGUAGUCCGGUCGCUCGGAGUGUCGCGUUCGCAGCUUUCUUUUUCCUAUUGUGUGCUGAGCGGGAACCAGCUCGGCUCCAGAGCCCGCGCGGAGCGGCUUCGAGGCGAGAAAUAAAGAAGACUGUGAUUGUGUUUGUUUCGGGAGAGAGACUCACUCCGCGAGUCCGUGACCACAGACACCAUUUUAAAGCGACGGACCCCUGAACGUCUUAAAGGAGCGCGACGAGGAGGAUAUGUGGAGAUGAACUCCUUAGCUAGACUCGUUUGCAUAACCGGCCCGCGACCGUCUGUUAGGAGAAGACGUUGACCGGCGGUCGUUCGGACGGUUUCAGUGAAAAAAAAAAGGAGCAAAGUCCUGCUGACAUAGAGGAGUGUGUAUGAACUGUGGACCCAGAGGACGUGAGAACAUCUGAUGGAGUUUUGUCUGUGUAUACCAGACCUCAAACCAUUCUCAACGGAACUCUGCUGCCCCUGAGAACCCUCUGGAUCUCUUGAGCCCUAAAGCCAUGGCGUUUGUCUACCAAGGCUCCUACAAGGCAGCUAUGCUGCUGCUUGCGGCUUUGCUCUUCCUCCAGGCCAGUGGUCCUGCCUUGGGCUCCAAUGGGAAGACAUGUUACUCUAGACAGCAUCGAGAUGCCAUUGUGAAUGUACGCAUAGCCGUGGAACAUAAUGGGGCCAUAACGAGUUCUAGGGUGAAACAGGCAGAGAAAGAUUGUAUCCUGGCCUGCUGUUCAGAAGAGGUGGAGCCAGGUAUAAAGUGUAACAUGGUUGUAUAUAAGCCUUCAAGCCAAGCCGGCAUUGACAACUGCUACCUGUUUCAUUGUGAGACUGAGCAAGACUGCCCAUUGGUGCCUGCCAAGUCUGGGAUCAACACUUACGAUAUUUCUAAAGAUGUGAUUCAUCCUACUGCAAAAGGAAACGGGAGGACGACUGUCAUGCCCAUUAUUCGUGCCACUCCUGUAAAACAGGCAAUUGCUACUCAGACCCCCUCAACGACCAUAAGACCAACAACAACCACAACACCUAGAAUCAUGCAGCCAUCUACAACAACCACAACCCAGCCAACUACAACUACAAGCACUACACAAUCCACCACAACCACAACCUUACCCACAUCCACCACCACUCAAGCUACAACUACGUCAACUACCACCACCAAACACCCACCAACUGAACCUGCCAUUGUCCUGGUUACAAUGCCAGUUGUAACCAUGCCUAGUAGCCCUCCUACCACCACCACAACAACUACUACAACAACAACACAGCUCACCAGUACAACCACAAAGGUAGCUUCCACAACAUCACCAACCACUACCACUACAACUACACGACCACCCCAACCACCAAAGCCACCACAACCACCUGCAAAACCAAUCCGGCCUCCCAAAAAGCCCCUUAAACCACAAAAAAGACCAGAACCCCAAGCUGGGAAAUCCAGCAAAGUUCCCACCACCAAACCAACCACCACCACAACCACAACUCAGAAACCAACAACCACUCGACCUACUACUACUCCAACUACUACUACUACUACUACCACUACUACUCCAACUACCACUACUACUACUACAACCACCACUACUACAAGUACAACCACCAGUACUACAACUACAUCCACAGCUACCACUGAAAGGACAACUAUAGUGGUUGUAGAGAUGGAGAAUGAUCUAAAGGAUGAGACGUCAGGGCCUGAUACUCUGUUGCCUCCAGCUGUGGGCUCUGGCCUGGAUAAGGCUAAGGGGUCGCGAAUGACGUGGAGGAACAGUCUGGUGGCCAUAGUGGUGGUCACGCUGAUAUGCCUCACUUUGGUCCUGGCCAUCGUGGGCCGCAAAGCCAUGGAAUCCUUUGACAGGAGACACUACACGAGACUGGAGCUCAACGACCUGCACUAUGAAAUCUGAAGCCUGACCAAACUCUCUUACCCACCACAACUACUAACUGAAAGAAACAAAGAGACAAUCCUGCUGAAUUUUAAAAUGUAUUUUUUCUGUCCACUCACUGGAACAAAAAAUACUGUAUUUUGAUAUUUAGGGCAUUUUUUGGUUAAGAAAAUGAGAUUGUUCCCCCACGUGUCUACAUAAGGUUGUUAUAACUGUAAGAUACCAAUGGAGAGAUAACAACAAGAUGGGGACUGAGAAAGGACACAAGGUUUAGGGGGGAAUGAAUAGCAAUACAAUGAACUCAGGAAGCCUCAACAUUUAGAAUUAAGGACUAUCAAACUAAUGGACAUCCCUUGCUAUGGCAAGACAUUACUGAGGCCCAAUGCAGUGGUUGUUAACAUGUUCAUGGUGCAAAAACAGAGGCAAUCAACAUUUGAGCUGUGGUAGGACAGCUGCAUAACCACUGCUUUCAGAGGCUUCAGUUGUUCCAUCUUUUUUGCCUGUUUUGGUAAGACUGGUUUUAGUUCAGAUUGGAUUUGAAGUUCAAACAUACCAGGAUUGGUACUCCAGGAUUGGUACUGACUCCUGGUCAGAUUAUCAGAUUAAGCAUAUCUUCUCAAAGUUUUGGUUGUGAUAGUUUAACGUUUAAUUGGGUAACUGCAGAACAAUAAUAAAUAAAAAUCUCUGAGUAAACUAAAGGUUAGUAUCGUUCUUUGGAUAAACUAAAAGCACCUUUAUAACACACCCAUUCAGCACUGCUGUUCCCUCAAUGGAAAUGACUGCUUUUCAACCUGUACUUAUUGUAUGCUCUGUGUCUGGUCUCUUCGUUUCACUCUGUUGUACUGCUGUAUUUACAUUUAAUUGCACUGAUCCACAGGAAACUCACUUACCGAUGCAAAGUUCACCUUGUGGCGCACUUCUAGCUUGUGUCCUGCACACAUUUUGAAUGAACACUAAUUCUUAGAGGUACAUUACACUGGUUGUGCACUAUUUUCAUAUGAAGAUCUUUAUUAAUUAAUAGGUGUGUGUGCACGCCUGUGAGAGUGAGUGCUGGUAUCAGUCAAUGAGGUGGUCUAUGGCAGAGCAUUGUAACAAACGUGAUAAGCAAAUGUAAUGUUUUUUCUUGGAUGUACUGACAUGGUUGACCACAAGGUGGCAGCAAUCCCUCACCUCGGUUCCACACUCUAUUGGCAUGCAGCGCUGCCACCUCUUACUCAACACUACACUUUCAAGAAGCCAAAUUGGUUUAAGUUGCACAAACCUUUUCUUUUUUUCUCUUCAAUUGCUUUUCUAUUUUAUAUCAUUCUACGUUGAUGGUAAUGGUUUGGUCUUGUUUUUUGUGACUUGUUGCUUUUCCAAGGAUUUUGAUUAAUGUAAUUUUUUUCUCUUGCAAGAAAUAAAAUGUCUUUGAAUAA